AUGCUCUGUUGGCUCAGGUCAGUGAUAGAUGGAGAUUCAGAUACAGGCCAUAAUGCUCUGUUGGCAGCAGGGGAGGCAGGCAGUGGCACAGAGAGUGAUGCGUCUCCAGACCUGCAGAACCAGGAGAAUGAGCCGAGUCAGGACGACCCGGAGCACCUGGAGCAGGCCCUGCAGGACCUGAAGCCCCAGAAGGCAUCUGCAUCCUCCGGGUCAGGGAGGGACCACAACAACCAUAAGAAGAGGAAGAACAAGAACCGACACAGGUUUGACAUGAAGGUGAACAAGAAGCCCCGAGCGGAUUACUCAAAUUGA